AUGGGUUUCACCGACUUUGUCUCCGAUAGUGGCCUCACACUCCUGAAUAACUGGCUCAAGACCCGUUCAUACAUCUCUGGCUUCCAACCUUCUCAAGCCGACGUUGUAAGCUUCAAGGCUCUGAAAGAGACUCCUCCCGUCGAACGCUACCCUUAUGCCUACCGCUGGUACAACCACAUCAAGUCGUACGAGGCCGACUUCUCCACACUGCCCGGCGACCCAUCCAAGCCUUUCACCACCUACGGCCCUGAGGCUGUUGCAGUAACCCACAACCCCAAGGACGCCCCUGAAAAGGCCGAGGAGGAUGACGACGAGGUUGAUCUCUUUGGCUCUGACGACGAAGAGGAGGACCCAGAAGUCGUGGCUGAGCGAGAGAAGAGGUUGGCAGACUACAAGAAAAAGAAGGAAGGCAAAGCCAAGCCCGCCGCAAAGUCAAUUGUCACACUGGACGUGAAACCCUGGGAUGACGAGACGGAUAUGGAUGAGCUCGUGAAGAACGUGUUGGCCAUCGAGAUGGACGGACUUGUGUGGGGUGCGCACAAGCUGGUCGCUGUCGGCUUUGGUAUCAAGAAGAUGCAAGUCAACUUGGUCGUCGAGGACGAGAAGGUGUCCUUGGACGAGCUGCAGCAGAAGAUUGAAGAAGACGAGGAUCACGUCCAGUCUACGGAUAUCGUGGCUAUGCAGAAGCUGUGA